AUGAUGUCAAAUCGCUCAAUAACCAAAACCUUAAACCCAUCUAUUGUUUCUAGGUCUAUUCGAAUGUACACAACAGAAACCCGUAUUGGUUUCUCAGCAUUGGAAAACCGCAUACUCAAGAGCGGUGACCCAAAAACUUCCAUGGUUCCUAUUCUCAACCAAUGGAUUGAGCAAGGUAGAGACGUUCCUCAACCUGUUCUCAAGCGUAUCAUCACUCGUCUCGCCAAUUAUCGUCGCUACACUCAUGCCCUUCAGGUAUCGGAAUGGAUGGGCGAUAAGAUUAACAAUGAUUUAUAUCCCGGAGACAUUGCUAAGCGGCUCAACCUGAUAUCUAAAGUUCAUGGUCUAGAACAAGCAGAGCAAUUUUUCAAAGACAUCCCUGAAGCUAAAAUUGGGUUCAAGGUCUAUGCUGCUCUUUUGAGCUGCUAUGCUGAACAUAAAUCUUUGGAAGAAGCAGAGGCUAUCAUGAAGAAAAUUAAGGAGUUGCGUCCGGUGCACUUGACAGUGUGUUAUAAUAUGAUGUUAAAACUAUAUGCUCAGAAAGGUAAAUCUGAAAAAUUGGACAGGUUGAUGCAAGAAAUGAAAGAGAAGGACAUCUGCAACGGUGCUACGUUUACCAUUAGGUUGAAUGCUUACGCAAUUUCUAAAGACAUAGAGGGGAUGGAGAAGCUGCUAAUGCAAAUGGAAGCAGAUCCCAUAGCAACUGUGGAUUGGUAUACGUAUGCUACAGUAGCAAAUGGUUAUAUGAAAGCUGGGAAUGUUGAGAAGGCCUCGUUAAUGUUGAAGAAAUCAGAAAAUUUAGUUAAUGGUCAGAAUAGGAGGAUUGCGUAUGAAUCUCUUCAAACUAUGCACGCUGCGAUUGGAAACAAGGACGAGGUAUAUCGACUUUGGAAUAGGUGUAAGAAUCUUAGGAAUUCUCUCAACUCAAGUUACUUAUGCAUGCUAAGUUCAUUAGUGAAACUUGAUGACAUAGAAGGCGUAGAGAAGAUUUUGCAAGAAUGGGAAUCUGGACAUACGAGUUACGAUGUCAGAAUUUCAAAUAUGAUGAUCACUGCUUACUGUAAAUGGGGUCUUGUCGAUAAGGCUGAGGCAUAUAUCAAGAAACUUUUGGAUAACGGCAAGGUAUUAGAUGGAAGUACAUGGGACCGUAUGUCAUCUGCAUAUCACAGUGAUAAUGAUAUGGAAAAAGCAGUUCAAACAUUGAAGAAAGCAACGCUGGGAAGUCGACGAGGAUGGAAGCCUAGCGCUGUGACUUUGAGUGCUUGUAUCAAGUACUUGAAAGAAAAAGUUGAUGUGGAACAAGCCUUUGAGAUUCUGAAAUUAUUUAAAGAAAAGGGUCAUAUCUCAGACACCGCCUAUGAUAGACUAGUAAGUUAUGUUCACGGUGAAAUACCUGAUACAGAAGCCUUUGAUUUGAUUAAACAAGAUUUAAAAUAUGAGAAGGUUCAACUUCAUGAUGAAGAAAACUAA